CAUCCCUCCUCGGGCCCUCUAUUUUUCCCAUCUCCCCACAACAACCACAAAACCACAACCACAACCAAACCAUCAAAAAAAAAAAACUGAUCAACCAACCAAUCGACCAACCAGCCCAACCGUAGAGAAAAAGCCGACAACAAAAAAAGAAGAGAAAGGAUGUCCAAUCCCAGAAUCGAAGACGUAACGGAGGAUGAGACCAAGCAAGCCGAAGUCGAGGACGCCGACUCCAGCGAUGAUUCCGAAGCUGGAGAGGGUGAAGCCAGUGGUAUUCCGGCCGGAAGCAGCGUCGCCGUGCACAGCAGGAACGAGAAGAAGGCUCGCAAGCAGAUCGCGAAGUUGGGGUUGAAGCACGUCCCUGGUAUUACUAGGGUUACCUUGAGGCGUCCGAAAAAUAUUCUCUUCGUGAUUAAUCAGCCGGACGUGUAUAAAUCGCCCUCUAGUAAUACUUGGAUCAUAUUCGGCGAGGCAAAGAUUGAAGACUUGAAUUCCCAAGCCCAAGCCAACGCUGCGCAGCAGCUCCAGCAACACGAGAGCGCUGCCAACAUCGAAGCGGACCUCUAUGGGGGACAAAGGAGGAAGAGGAAGAGGAUGGGGAAGAGGUCGAUGAAGAGGGGUUGGAAAAUAAGGAUAUUGAGCUUGUUAUGGCCCAGGCAACCGUUUCUAGAAAGCGAGCUUGUUUAGUUUAGUUAGUUUGGAGAAGCGGAGCUUUUUCUUGUUUUCAAGGGUUUCUUCAAUAAAAUUGGGGUUUGGGUGAA